CUCUCGCUCGACCCAGACAGACCCUGUAUCACUGCUAGACCACGCCAUGAUCAUCCCAAUCAACAUCUCGGCUCCAAGCUCUUCCUCAUCUUCCUCGCAGAUAUUCCCACCACAGCUGGCCCAGUUCGGCAGCGAUGAGCUGGUGCUGAUAGAGCUGCAAGGCUCGUUGGAGGUGAAGGGGGACAGGGAAGGCCAGGUGGUUGGAAAGCUUCGGAUAGACGAUGCGACACAGAAGCCGACGCUGCUAAUAGGCUAUCACUUGCUAGAAGGCCGACUCGUCAAUCUCCCUAAGCCUCUCGCGGUCUUGCAUCGCAGGUCGUUACCGUCGGACGCACAUGACGACAUCCCAAUGGACGAUGUGGAUGCAUCAAAACGAAGAAGCUCUGAAAAAGGAUGGGACGUGGUCGCCAUCGUGAAGCGGAAGAUGGUGUUUUCCAAACGACCGAUGCCUAUGGUCUCCAAGCCUGCUACACCAGCAUCGGAAUCACAAUCUGGGAAGAAGGGAACAUGAGAUGUAUAUAUUACUGUCGGACAGCGAUUCGUCUUUCGUGUCUAUAUGCUGUACCGACCUGCUGUAUCCAACUGCUCCGCAUCGAUAUCCAAUCGUCUAAUACACAAUUUUAUCAUUUAUAGAAUACUCACGUAAUGAACAUG